CGGCAGCUGCUCAAACCAGUUGUUGCAUGGAUUCUUUAUUCGCCUAAAUGCUGGGCUGGUAUGGGGGCCUGGCUUUGUGCUGUGCUGUCUAGCGGAGGAAAAUAAACCAUGAUGGCUGAUGGAUGCUGCAGGAUGGACAGAGGCAGGGGGAAGGCUGCAGCGGAGCCCGCACACAGACCCACAUACGCUCCUGCUGCUCAGCAGUAUGUGCAGACCCAGAGCCAGAGCCAGAGCCAGAGCCAGGCCAAUGACAUCCAGGAGCUAGCCUCCAAACGCGUCGACAUCCAGAAGAAACGCUUCUACCUGGACGUGAAGCAGAGCGUGCGCGGACGCUUCCUGAAAAUCGCCGAGGUGUGGAUCGGCCGCGGGCGCCAUGAUAACAUCAGGAAGAGUAAGCUGACCCUGUCCAUGGCCAUGGCGCCGGCGCUCCGCUACUGCCUGGGGGACUUCAUAGACUACUACGCCCGGAUCGGACUGCGGGGCGGGGGGGUGGGGGGGGUGGGCCUCGCGCCCGAAGAGCACGGCGGCGGCGGCGGCGGCAACAACGGCCAGGGCCGCGCGCACGAGCCCCGCAGGAGAGCGGCGCACGAGCAGCAGCAGCAGCAGCCGCACGCGCCGCCGUCUCCCACCGGCUCUGCGGCGUCCGACGACCACGCGCACCGGGUCCUCAAGAGCGAAUUCAUCGAGAGAGACAACCGAAAGUACUUCCUGGACCUGAAGGAGAACCAGAGGGGCCGGUUCCUGCGCAUCCGGCAGACCGUCAGUAAAGGCCACGGCACCAUGGGCUACUACGGACAGGGCAUCGAACAGACCAUCGUCCUGCCCGCGCAGGGGCUCAUCGAGUUCCGGGACGCGCUGUCCCAGCUCAUAGAAGACUACGGAGACGAGGACGGGGACGAGCAGCGGGGCCGAGGACUGGGCAACCGGAACCACGACGACAGCCCCGAGCUCCCGGAGGCGGCGUCCUUCCGCGUGGACAACAAGAGGUUUUACUUUGACGUGGGCUCGAACCGGUACGGUGUGUUUUUAAAGAUUAGCGAAGUACGGCAGCCUUACCGGAACACCAUCACGGUGCCGCUCAAAGCCUGGGCCCGGUUCGGAGAGAACUUCAUCAGGUACGAGGAGGAGAUGAGGCGGAUCUUCAGCUGUCACAAAGAGAAGAGGACAGACGGACGGCAGGACAGCGACGAGCACGAGGACUGACCUGUCUGUCCGUCUGUCUGUGUCACGUGCAUGUUUUAGGGGUUGUGUUGUGAAGAAAACGGCCACAGACGGAACAGUACCGUCAACCCUCUGCAUCAUGUAGG